AUGCUGGCUGAGCUGGGAACCAGACUGCAAUCCCUGGAGGACCAGUCCGCAGAGCAGGAGGCUGCAGUGCAGGAGGCCCGUAUGGCCAGAGCCCACGCCGAGGCCCGCUGCAGCACCCUGGAGCAGGAGCGGGCCUCGGUGCAGAGGGAGGCUGCGGAGCUGGCCGCCCAGGUGGAGAGGCUGACCAAUCAGGCGAGCGCCAACGAGAAGGAGAUGGCCGUCCUGCGGCGAGGCAUGGCCACGCAAAAGGAGCGGCAGCAGGGGGCGGAGGAGGCGGCCCGCCAGGCCUCACUCGCGGCCACCUCGGUGAUGCGUGAGCGGCUGGCGAGCCUGGAGUCGGCCCUCGAAACGGCCCUUGCGGAGGGGCGUGCGGCUGCUGAGGCCGUGCAGGUGGCUGCGGCAGCGACCGAGGCCGCAAAGGCGGAGGCGGGGGCCAGCACGGCGGCACGCUUGCAGGCCGAGGCGGGGCUGCGAGAGGCCCAGCGUGCCCAGCGUGAGGCUGAGUCCCAGGCCAAGGCUGCGCUGCUGGAGGCAGAGGCCGAGCGUGCACACCGGGCUGAGACAGAGGAUGCCGCCCGGCAGCUUCACGAGGAGGCGGCACGGAGGAGCAAGGCAUUCCACAAUGCAGUGGCCGCUGCAGUGCAGGAGCAGCAGCAGGCCUGGGAGAUGGAGAAGGCGGCUCUCCGAGACAGGGUGGAGACCCUGGAGGCGACCGAGCAGGCAGCCCGGGCGGAGGCAGAGGGGGCACGGUCAGAUGCCGAGGAGCUGCGUCGGGAGCUGGCAGAUGCCAAUGCCGCAGCGGACGCGCGCAGCCGGGGAUGGGACGCGCAGGCGGCGCAGCAUGCGGCGCAAGAUGCCGUGCACGCUGCCCACGUGCGUCAGCUGAAGGAGGAGCUGGCCGCGGCUAGGAGGGCUGCAGAGGAGGCCGCCCGGGCUGCGGAGUUGGCCUGCCGGGCGGCCGAGGCCAGGGCCGAGGGGGCCGCCGCAGAGCUGGCCAAGGCUGCGGAGGAUGCGCGGCGGUCCGCCGCACUGGCAUCAGAGGCCGCCGACCGGAGGGCAGAGGUCGCGGAGGGCCGAUUCGCCAUGGCUCAGGUUGCGGCCGAUGCAGCGACCGCUCGUGCUGAGGCGGCCGAGAGACAGUGCUCGGAGCUGCAGGAGCGGUUGGAGUCACAGGCUAAAAGCCCUCCUGUCCAGCCUGCGCCCCCUGAGAGCCACGGCCUGACGGGGCUGGGCCUCGGUCCCGCCGCCCUCGAUGCCCUGAUGAGCGGCGGCACGAGCGCGGCGACCGAGCCCGGGGCGGCGCUGCGGGGCUCCCGCGUCCGUGGGACGGCUGGCCGGCCCCUGGCGGGGAGGAUGAGUCCACGCACCUGGAUCGUGGUGCUGUACGUCGCCGCCCUGCACCUGGCCUACCUGGCCGCGCUGCACAACAGCGGGGCUGGCUGCCUGGGGGCGGACGCAGGCCAGCAGCUGCCUGGUUGA